UCUCUAUUACUCUCUCUGCUGUCUGUAACAGUACCCGAAGCCAUGGACGGCGGUGCGUCGUACAACCCACGUACGGUCGAGGAAGUGUUCAGAGACUUCAAGGGUCGGCGAGCGGGCAUGGUUAAAGCCCUUACUACAGAUGUUGAAGAGUUUUACCGGCAGUGCGAUCCAGAGAAGGAAAAUCUCUGCCUCUAUGGUUUUCCUAGUGAGCAGUGGGAGGUCAAUUUACCUGCUGAAGAGGUUCCCCCUGAACUUCCAGAACCUGCACUGGGUAUCAACUUUGCCAGAGACGGGAUGCAAGAAAAGGACUGGUUAUCGUUGGUUGCUGUCCACAGCGAUGCUUGGUUACUGUCUGUGGCUUUUUAUUUUGGUGCUAGGUUUGGGUUUGACAAAGCUGACAGGAAACGCCUUUUUAACAUGAUAAAUGAAGUUCCCACCAUAUUUGAGGUUGUGAUGGGGUCAGCCAAGAAACAAGGAAAGGAGAAGUCAUCGGCCUCGAAUCACAGCAGCAAUAAAUCCAAAUUAAACCCCAAGCGAAGCUCUGAAUCUCAGGGCAGAUAUUCAAAGGCCAUGCAAUUGAAGGAUGAUGAUGACGAGGAUGGGUUGGAUGAGGAAGAUGAUGAGGAGCAUGGGGAGACUCUUUGCGGGGCUUGUGGAGAGAACUAUACUUCUGAUGAGUUCUGGAUUUGCUGUGACAUUUGUGAGAAGUGGUUCCAUGGGAAGUGUGUUAAGAUCACCCCAGCUAGGGCAGAGCACAUUAAGCAGUACAAAUGCCCAUCUUGCAGCAACAAGAGAUCGCGAGCUUGAUUGUGGGUUGUGAGUUAAAUGAUGUGUAUUGUGACAUGAUGGACGGCUAACUGUGUAGUAGGUUGGGUUUGUUCUCCUUCAUGGAAUAUUAGGAUUUCUAUUUGGAAGUUUGUGUAGGUUGCAAUAUGUUGUUUAAUGCUUGUAAAAUUAGGGUAAUCAGGUUCAGAUUUAUUGCGAUGCUUGCCUUUCUGAUUUAGCUAUCAAUGCAUAUGCUUUGCCAUCA